AUGAUUGAAAAGGAUAAAAGAACGAUUGCUUUUAUUCAUCCAGACCUAGGUAUUGGGGGCGCUGAAAGGUUAGUCGUCGAUGCAGCAUUAGGUCUACAGCAACAAGGACAUAGUGUAAUCAUCUAUACUAGUCACUGUGAUAAAUCACAUUGUUUCGAAGAAGUUAAAAACGGCCAAUUAAAAGUCGAAGUUUAUGGUGAUUUUUUACCGACAAACUUUUUGGGUCGUUUUUUUAUUGUUUUCGCAACAAUUAGACAGCUUUAUUUAGUUAUUCAAUUGAUCCUACAGAAAAAAGUGAAUGCGUACCAAUUAAUUAUCAUUGAUCAACUGUCUACAUGUAUUCCGCUUCUGCAUAUCUUUAGUUCUGCCACUUUGAUGUUUUAUUGUCAUUUCCCCGACCAAUUAUUGGCUCAAAGAGCUGGGCUAUUGAAGAAAAUAUACAGACUACCAUUUGACUUAAUAGAACAGUUUUCCGUGAGUGCUGCCGAUACUGUUGUGGUAAAUUCAAAUUUCACUAAGAAUACGUUCCACCAAACGUUCAAGUAUUUAUCCAAUGAUCCAGACGUCAUUUAUCCAUGCGUGGAUUUAUCAACAAUCGAAAUUGAAGAUAUUGACAAGAAAUUUUUCAAAACAGUGUUUAACGAAGGCGAUAGAUUUUACCUAAGUAUAAAUCGUUUUGAGAAAAAAAAGGAUGUUGCGCUGGCUAUAAAGGCUUUUGCGUUAUCUGAAGAUCAAAUCAAUGACAACGUUAAGUUAGUUAUUUGCGGUGGUUAUGACGAGAGGGUUGCAGAAAAUGUGGAGUACUUGAAGGAACUACAGUCUCUGGCCGAUGAAUACGAAUUAUCCCAUACAACCAUAUACUACCAAGAAAUAAAGCGCGUCUCCGAUUUAGAGUCAUUCAAAACCAAUAAUAGUAAAAUUAUAUUUUUAACUUCCAUUUCAUCAUCUCUGAAAGAAUUACUGCUCGAAAGAACCGAAAUGUUAUUGUAUACACCAGCAUAUGAGCACUUUGGUAUUGUUCCUUUAGAAGCCAUGAAAUUAGGUAAGCCUGUACUAGCAGUAAACAAUGGAGGUCCUUUGGAGACUAUCAAAUCUUACGUUGCUGGUGAAAAUGAAAGUUCUGCCACUGGGUGGCUAAAACCUGCCGUCCCUAUUCAAUGGGCUACUGCAAUUGAUGAAAGCAGAAAGAUCUUGCAGAACGGUUCUGUGAACUUUGAGAGGAAUGGCCCGCUAAGAGUCAAGAAAUACUUUUCUAGGGAAGCAAUGACUCAGUCAUUUGAAGAAAACGUCGAGAAAGUCAUAUGGAAAGAAAAAAAGUAUUAUCCUUGGGAAAUAUUCGGUAUUUCAUUCUCUAAUUUUAUUUUGCAUAUGGCAUUUAUAAAAAUUCUACCCAAUAAUCCAUGGCCCUUCCUAUUUAUGGCCACUUUUAUGGUAUUAUAUUUUAAGAACUACUUAUGGGGAAUUUACUGGGCAUUUGUAUUCGCUCUCUCCUACCCUUAUGAAGAAAUAUAA